CGCCACUUUUUUUUCCGCGUCAAGUUUCCUGCCUGAAAGUUUUUUUUUUCUUUUUUUUAACUUCUUCUUCGUCUUCUUUUUUUGUGCUGAGGAGCACUUGCGUGUCUUCGCGAUGAGGCAGAUAGCGACGGGGUUUUCGCCGUAAGCGCUUUGUUGCCCAGCGUGCCGACGGUCCUUUGAGCUACGUUAGAUGGUUUCCGUUAUGCGAAGUCCAACUGGUUGGUUCGUCGUCGUGCCGCGGUGGAUGUCCAUCAGAGAUAACGGACAACUGAUUCUCAGUCGGACUGGUUACUGCAAUGAAUGGUAACACUAUUCAUCCAGCCAACACCACUACAACAGCAGCAGGAGGCUUAGAUGUGGCAGUGCCUCCGAGAGGCUGGAGGGAGUUCUGCGAGCUCCAUGCUAUUGCUACAGCCCGUGAAUUGGCUGGACACUAUCGGAACUUUGCAAGACACUGCCCUCUACAUGAUGUACUGCCACCAGACACCUUUUCCAAGCAAUUCACUGACCUCUUCCAGCAGCAUUUCUGCUGUGAGGUUGACAAAGAUGGCACUCCACCCAACCAGGUCACAAGUUCUACCACUAAUGGUAGUUCUCCUUUCAUCGCUACAGUAGCCUCUCGCCUUCCACCUCCUCUUCCAGUGCAGGCUGUGAUCAGUCAAUUACGGAUUGCAGCAUUGUCUGGGGUGCAGGACUACCGUGAAGCAAGUCGACCAAGCGGUGGAGCUGGACUAUUUAAUGUGGUCUCCCCAAAGGUGGAGCCACUGGUAGUGAGUCAGGAUCCGGAACAACCACUGAGAUGUUCUUUAGGAAACUCCAUAUCAGGAAAUCCAGUGGUGCUGCGGGGAUCAACUCGUAGUGUUGGCAGCGGGUCAUUACUGAGCCAUAGCAAUGAGGAGAUCUCCGGAAGUGAGCGUCUCCAGGUAUCUGAACAACACUCAUCUGACUCUACAAACUCCAACCAUGGCCAACCUGAAGUGACGCACUUCUCCGUCUGUCAAAUCCGCCGGAGUGUAAGACGGCUUUUAAUGAAACGGCCAGUUCCGAACCGCCCUUCAUCUCAGGAUCUGUCUUCCAGUAAUUCCAGUGCCACCACUAGUGGAAACAAUCUAAGCAAUGUUGGUAGAGUGGGUGGAACUUCCUCUACAGCCAAGGAAGUGUCAUCCUCAACCAUUCCCUCUCCCCCUUCCUCUUGUUUGAACUCUGAAGCCACACCCCCAUCUCCUCAUAAAUCUGUUGUAGGAACAGCUUCUCACUUCCUGGAUCGUUUCCGUUGGUUUCGCAGUGGAAGCAUGAGGCAGAGGAAGUCAGAGGUGAGCAGCUGCUGUAAAGAGGGCCAACUGAGGUACUUGCCAGUGGAUGACACUAUCUCAGAUGCUCAGCCCCACUGGCAACGCUGCCGCCUGCUGGUCAGGAGGAUCAGGGAUGCACAAGGAGGAAGAGAUGCAGUAGGAGCAGCAGAAGGGUACCAGCUGGAACUCUAUGAUCCUCCAAAGGCAUCCAGCCCCAAACUGACAGCUCUCUGCUCAGAUAUCCAAGAGGUCCGUCGUUGCAACCGACUAGAGAUGCCUGACAACUUAAACACUUUUGUUUUAAAGGUUAAUCACCAUCCAGGUAGUCUUAUAUUUGAGACGGACAGUGACCAGCAGGUCAGCUCCUGGACUACGGAACUAAAAGAAUGCAUCAGCAACAGGUCAGUCAGUGUGGAUGUGGAGCACCCGCCUUCACCAGCUGACAGCUCUGUUCCAGCCAAUCACAGAGGGAGCUCAAACACAGCAACCCACAGUCCUGUUACCUUUGCCCUCCCAGAGCAGGCAUAUCAGAAGAGCGAUCACCUCUUAUUCUCCUACCCAUGGUUCCACGGGCCCAUCUCCCGUGUCAAAGCAGCCCAUUUGGUUCAGAGCUCCGGUCUGGAGGGGCACGGCGUGUUUCUGGUCCGGCAGAGUGAGACACGCAGGGGAGACUACGUUCUCACCUUUAACUAUCAGGGGAAAGCAAAGCACUUGCGCCUCUCACUGACAGAGUGGGGUCAGUGCAGGGUGCAGCAUCUGCGCUUCUCCUCCGUGAUGGACAUGCUCAGUCACUUCCGCCUCUUCCCCAUCCCCCUGGAGUGUGGCCCCGCCUGCGACGUCAAGCUGUCCAGCUUCGUGGUGGCAGGAUCGAGCCCUGCGUCACAGGGUCAGCUGUCUGGCGCCCUCCUGGCGCCAUUCUCUUUGCAUCGGUGGAGCUCUGAGCCCAGUUUGGCUCACUGCAGCCUGUCUUGCAGUUCCAGUCACCAGCCCGCCCCCUCAAACAGCAGCAGAAGCACAUCAAAUCCCAGCUCGGUUUCCCAGCCGGGGCCUCCUCUGUUACCCCGCACCAGCGUCCUCUCUGACCCGACCCCUUCAGCACCUGCUCCUCUGCGGCGGAGUGAAUCGGUGGGGAGGCGGCCUCUGCUUCGCCACAGCAACCCCCACACACCCAUCAUCCCACAGCGGGACUCAGACUAUGAACUGGAACCUGAACGGGGUCGUAAGCGGGCAAUAGAUAACCAGUACAUGCUUCUCUGACGCGGCAGGUCAUCCGCCUCCAUCAGCGCCAACACAGAUCAGAGUAGUCUUAAUGCCGUUACAGUGGGCUCAAGACGUUCAGCUCAGAUCUUUGAAGGCAUGACACACGUCAGACACUUGCAGCCUCCACUCUGAGUGUCCACAGUGAAUGUAUUUGUUUUGUUUUUUUUUAUAAAAGUGUCGACUCCAGCGACUGUUCUGCAGGAGCCACAUCAUGCUUCCAGCCACGGCCAAAAAA